AUGAAACCGAAUUCACAAGCUACGGUUGAUUCGGAUCAGGUAUGCAGAUUCCGUGUGCACUCAUUGGCCUAUUCGAUCCCUAAUAGCAAUGAUUUUUUAAUAGAUGUGAUCAAAAUGAUUGAAACUCCAUACAAAUUAAUCUCGAACAAAAUUGUUAAAGCUUCCGAGAUUGUGGUUGGUGAAUCAAUAUCAGGUUUACUAAUGGGGUCUGAAACAGGACGGGGACUUCCUUCAUUCCUUGUGUCCAUAACAUCAGGUGGUGAGGUUAUACGAAUAAGCUCUACACUGGGUAUCUUGUUUCCUGGGUCUGUCGCUAGCAUAUGGCAUCUUUACUCCCUAAAUGAUGACGUUUGCCUCGAAGAAUUGAUGCGGUCAACAACGUCUGAAUCGCCGCAGGAACAAUAUUUGCCAACGGAGACUUAUAGCUUUACUAAGCUUGACGGAUGCAGACUGAAAAAACAUCCGAUAAAUCAAGCAUACCGUUUGAAGAUGCGCCCUCCACAGCCAACAAUUUCUGAUUUGAGUGGUAUACCUGCAAAGUUGACCAAUGUUGAUCCUCAAGAAUUUCUUGCCGAAAGGUAUUUUACCACCUUAUACAACACGACGAUUCCAUUGCAAUAUUUUACAAAAACUGCUUUGUCCCGGAUGCAUGUAUUGUCGCAUUCGAACGAGAAGCUCGCAAUAGAAUCAAUCAGUAAACUUCUGAUUUUGACAAUGUCCGAAUUCAAUGAGCGAUUCAGUUUCACUUCCGAAAAUGUCACAAUUCAAGAUGAUCAUUUGCUUGAUCCUGAUGAAUUUCGCUAUAGAAAGGAAUAUCUUCACAAUUGCGCUGAUCUCGAAAAUCGUCACUUGAAAGAGCAUAUGAGCGCUCUUAAAUACAGAGAGGCGAAGUUGCAAGUUGUUUUGAAUCUCGAAGUUCUAAGACUGAUUGAGAAUGAGAACGGUCAAGCUUCGAUCUCAGAGAAGAAGCCUAAGCCCAUGAAGAAGCAAUCUCUUGUCGGAAGAAAGAAAAGGUUAGUUCCCACGCUGGUAGGUACAAUGGUUCCGCUACAGACACAGUUCACAACAGACUUGCGUCAAUCUUCAGGGUUUCAUCCUAAAUCGCGCUUAUCAGCGUCUAUGGUUCAAAUGAAUAUCAACGCUUUAGUUGAUCAACUCUGUGUAGCUGAUGCUAUUUCAGGGCACUCGCAUGCAGAUGAUGAAUCAACAUUCAAGUUUCUAAUGAACUGUGUGAUACCCUAUUUCCAAAAGGUACAUCCGAAUAUAUUGAAAGAGUUGGUCCGCAAAUCUAGAGGACCAUCAGUUUCUAGGAGCUCCAAGAAAAUGCAUGAUCCAAAAAAUAGCCUUAUUGAAAGGCAGGCCAAAUCAGAGAAAGUCACAGCAGCCUUGAGCGAUCCAAUCGACCUGUCCGACUUCAAAAUCAAAAGAAAGCCUUCUAGUUUAGGAACUUGUCAUGAUUUAUCAAGGAAAACAUUUGAGAUGGUUAAAAGCACUUCGUUUUCACAGACUUCGUCAAGCAUCUCCCAACCAGGUUCAUUAUCGCAAUCUCAGAGUGAAAAUCAAAUGGCCUUUUCUCAGAAUGAAAAGAUUUCCAAUUCUGGGACUGCUAUAUUCAGUCAUCGUCGAAGGAAGAAAGAUGCCAAGGCAGAUUCACAGAAGCUAGAGCUUAAAAGAUCUUAUACAGAAAUUGAAGCUACGCCUGUGAAGAAAUCAAAAAACUUCCCGAUCACAAUUAUGAACUCUGGAACUCCUACAGGAAAUCGUAGAAUAACGACUCCUUUUGGAAGUGAUACUGAAUUAGCGAAGGAGACAGAACUAUUCACUCCGACGAAGUCCCAAUUCAAAGUCGACCCAACCGUUAAUGAGCUGAAAGAUACCCUAUCGAACACCGCCUUACCGCAGCUCACAUCUCCCAAUUGUUGCUCAAAAGAUAUCCUGAUCCAGGGUGCAAAGAUGACUAGAGCGGCUUCAUCGUCAUCCAAUUUUGAUGUUCCAAUGGCAUUUGUAUCUCCUGUCAAGCCAGGAGAUCCUAUUCCUCCGCAAUCAUCGCCAUACUAUACACAUCGAGUGCAAACGAACAUUGCACAAACGGUCAAAGUCCCACGACCCACGAAUAGGAAACUAAGUUUCAAUUGA